AUGGAAAAUAACAACAAUAAUAAUAAAAAUAAUAAUAUGUAUAAUAAUAUAGGUUCACCACCAAAUUAUAAUAAUAGAAAUAAUAAUAUGAACUAUAAUAGUCCCAAUAUUCCAAAUAAUAAUAAUAACCCAAAUUAUAACUAUAAUAAUAUGUAUAAUAAUAUAAUGUAUAAUAGCGAUAUAGAUAAUGGCAGUAAUCAUUAUCAUGACCUUUUAAUAAACAAUAAUAAUAGUUUAAAAUCUAAACGUAGAUUUAAAUUUAAAGUUUUAUCUUUUGUAAUUGCAAUCUUUUUCAUUAUAUCUAUAAGUUCCUUGGUAUUUUUUAUUUAUUUUAGUACCGAGCAAUUGACAUUUAAAGGAUUUAAAUUUAUCGAAACUAAAUGUAUAUUAGAAUCAACAAGAUAUACAUCCAGAAAUGAAACAAGCGGAGACUGUCAAGUAUUGAACGAAAAUGAAUGGUGGUAUCAAUAUGACAAAGAUUUUUAUAAAUUUAAUAAUGGAAAUGCAAAUAUAAAUUACAGUAGCAGUUAUAGUUAUGGUUCAAUAGUUGGUUCAGAGGAUACCGAUAAUUUUAGCGACAAUAGUGAUAGUAUUGGAAAGCACAAGAAGAGUAAUAUAGUUUGCUUCCAGGGUAUAUUUAAUGUUAGUUUUAACGAUACAGAAAAGCAAUUAUUAAAUGGAGAUAUUUAUGGAAUAUGGAGUGCAGACUUGGAAAGAAUAAAAUCAUAUUUACAUUUGGUCAAGGGUGGCGUAGAACAAACUUGUUUUUACAAUAAACACGACAACAAAGAAAUAAUUUGGAUUAGACCGCCCUCAUCACUUUUUAAUAUAUUAUUAAUUGUGUUGUUAGGUUUGGUUUCCUUAUUAUCGUUUAUUUUAUUUAUUGUAAUUUGCAGAAAGGCUUUUGGGCCGUUAUCAAAAGAAGAGGAGAAGGCUAAACUAUUGUCAAACUCAAUAUAUUAUCGUUAUACAAGUGAUAAUGUUUAUAAUUUAGAAAAUAAUAAUAAUAAUAAUAAUUAA